CUGUACAGCGGCAGGUGCGUGGGAGGUGUUGAGAGAUCAGGUAGGAGUGUUCUGUGUCAGUGAGAACGGGGGCACCGAGAUACCUGGUCUGACCGGAGAUUCUGCAUCAUAUAAUCGACGGUACUCUGAAGCCAGCGUCUGCAUUUAGCGGUGUUGAAGAUGGAUGCAUCUCCAUUUAAGAGAGGGCAGUGGGCCUCCCAGUCUGUCCGGGUCACUGCAAGGGAACUUUCUCUUGUGAAGUCAAAAAAUUCUUCUAUCGCUGAACGUUUCUCAAAGUACCAGAAAGCUGCUGAGGAAGCAAGUACAGAUAAAAAAAGGACUAACACAGAAACUUUACCCCAUACUUUUAACCGGGGGUCCUUGAGUGUCUUGAGGAAGAAGUGGGAGAUUCCUGGGCCAGCAGCUCGGAAGGAAACUUGCCACAGCAACAGCCUCUCACUGAGGCAGAAAGUUAGCAGUCCAAGGGGUGAAACAGCCCCUGCUGACCACUCAGAAAUCGGCGUCACAAGGAUCCGCUCCCCAGCACAGGAACAAAGCCGUUUCCGUUACCCAAGUGCUUCAGAGUCCAGUUCUCAUUCCACAGAAGUAGGAAACAUGGAGCCAAACACAGAGGCUGAAAAGCUGGAUACCCCUGAACCUUCUCCAAAGAUUGAAAAAUAUAAUGUCCCAUUGAACAGCUUGAAGAUGAUGUUUGAAAAAGGUGAAGCAGCUAAUAAGUCCUCACGGGAACCUGGUAAAAUUAAUGUAGGGAGACUCAACUCAGAAAACCUGUUUAAUGAAGAUGAUUCCUGCCUUGUUGAAAAAGGUUCGGGUGUUUCUCCCAGUAGCACACCAUCUAAGCUUGCUGCCCAGAAAAGCCUUGAAAUCUCUCACGUCCUGGAGACCACAUCGCUAAAGGACAGGAUGGCCAAGUAUCAGGCAGCUUUGACAAAACAAACCAGCCCUGUCUCUCCCACGAAUGAUGUGAAAACUAUUCGGAAUGAUGUGAAAUAUCAACAAUCUGAGCAGAAAGAAAAUGUUCCACCAAGCCCAGCAGGUUCUGGAUCUUCUCUUGAGUUUGAAAAGAGGCCUGUGAACGAAAAUAUUUCUGUUACUUCAAGUAACCUUACAGAAAGUAAUGGUAAACUUGAUGACGAGAUCCAAAGGCCCAGCACUGCUCCUAGACAGAGCACACCAACAAGAGUACUUAAUCAGCUGGAGACAACACCUCCCAAAAUUGGAAAAAAGUUUCAGCUGCCAGCAAGGGAGAUAUGCUUUGGAUGUGAGAAAACAGUUUAUCCUAUGGAGCGUCUCUUUGCCAAUCAGCAAGUGUACCACAAUAGCUGCUUCCGUUGUACUCAUUGUUCCACUAAACUCAGUAUUGGGAACUUUGCCUCUCUGCAUGGAAAUAUUUACUGUAAACCACACUUCAAUCAGCUUUUUAAAUCUAAAGGAAAUUAUGAUGAAGGGUUUGGACACAAACCACACAAAGAACUUUGGACAAGUAAAAAUGAUGUAAAUGAAGCUCAAGAGAACAAUGUUCAGGUGAGCAAAGGCUCAGAAGACCCCAGCAGCCCUGUUGUGGAAGAAGCUCCUAUUGCAAAGGUUGGUGUGUUGGCAGCAUCUAUGGAAGCAAAAACAAUUAACAGCACUAAUGAGCGUGAAAAAUAUGUAGAAACCAAAAAAUUGAAAAUUGCUUGGCCACCUCCAUCUGAAUCUUCUGGUUCUGGAAGUGCAUUGGAAGAAAACAUUAAAGUUUUCAAACCUAAGUGGCCACCAAGUGAUGAAGAAAUCCAGAAGCCAGAAACACAGGAGCACUUGGACUUGAAGAAGUUGAGGAGAAGCUCCUCACUCAAAGAACGUAGCAGACCCUUUACCCUUACUGUGGCAAAACCUGUGAUUACCCAGUGCAACAAAGAACUGGAAAGUUUGAGAAUGUCACCCAAGACUGAUGUUCACAAACUCCGUGAUAAUUGGAUCAAAGAACCAGCAGAAAAGCAAGAAGAUGCUGAGAACGUAAAAGAUGAUACAAUGAAAGUUCCUAAAGAAGUUGAACCAAAGGAAAAGAAUAUUGUAAAUAUAGAAGAUAACCUUCUAGACAGUGACACUUCAGAAACUGAGACUGCCAGACAGCAGCUCUCAACUGAAGAUUUCAACCAAUCUAAGCUCUCAAGUGUUGAAGAUCUAGAAAUUUCAAAGGAAGUGUCCCCUAAACUGAACCGCAGAUCUCAAGAUAUUGGCUUUUGGGAUGGGGAAGAACAUGAGGAGCUCUCAGUGGAAGAUCAGAUCAAAAGGAAUCGGUACUAUGAUGAUGAAGAGGAUGAUUAACCUUUAACUUUUUUAGAAAUUUUAUAUUGUUCAGGCCUUGGUCUUAAGUUGUAUCACUCUGAAUACAGUGAUCCAUGCAAUGCUUUUUUGUAUUUUUGCAUUUCAUUUAUUGCUCAUUCUGCAAUGCAUUUUGACUGAAAAAUGUUGCACAAAUAUGUACAACCAAAUUUACGUUAUUCUCUUGAGGGAGAGGGGGUUGCUGCUUUUAAAUACUGGAUUUUUUUACUAAAAUUAAAUUGAUAUGUGGGAAACCAUUUUAAGUUCUUUGGUGUGCCAUUUAAGCAUGCAAUAUAAUUUAUGUUGACCAUGUUAAAUAAAUUAAAAUAUCCAGUCAUGCACAUGAAAGAGCAACAUAUAUACGUUAAAAUAUUUUUUUGUAUGAAACUGUUAAAAUGAACAGGGGUGCAUGAGUGGUACAUCUGAUACUUAUCAGCUGUACACUGGCUGAUAAAGACAACUCCCACACCUCAGGAAUAUCUGCCUUUGAAAAACACAAACUUUUAAUAUAUUUUUAAAAGGCCCUGUCUUUUAUGCAAGAAAAAAAAAACUACUUUGUCCUAUUUCGCGGGUUCAUCUUGAAAAUUCAUGUGGCACUUUUCUUCCAAGUAUGGUUACAGAACUCAAUUAAAUCAAUACUGCCAUUCUUUACCUUGUUGUUAGGUCCCUACUGCUGCCUAUUUGUGAAUGUGUCCAAGGCUUCUGACAGAGUUAAUCUGUGAAAACGGACUCUUAACUGAAAGCACACAUUUUAUAAACACAGCAAAACUCUUAUUUAACUAUUUGUUUUUUUUUGGGAACAUUGGACAUCUCUAUGGUCAUUUAUAUUAAGAGCCUUGAAACUAAUUUGUAAUUUUUUUUUUCUCCAUAAAUAUACUUAUGUUAAGUCGUGUUCUUCUCAUCAUUUUUUGUGUUUUAAGGUGCAAUGUUCAUGUAGAAGACCACUUAGAAUGUAUGCAUUAUGUUAACUGGAAAACUGACCCAGAUCUUGGUACCUUUUCAAGCUGACGUUGUUGGUUUGAUCUGUUAUUUUACCAACAUUGGUGGGCUAUCAAGUGCAAUGACCUUAACCUUUUAUUUCAUAAGAAAACUGGAAAAUGUCAAACUGACACAAUUUGUAGGCAAAUAUUUGCACUGAAAGUGUUGGUCCAUUGGAAAGUCAAAUUUUUUAUCUAUGCAAUAUUUAAAGUGGUGAUUUACUUUUUACAUUCCAAGUUAGCUGCUUAAAUAUGUGUAAUAAUCCAUUCAUUUAAAUCAGAAUUUGUAAAUUGUAAUGCUCAACAAAGCUAAAAACCUUUUUAUCUUGGAUACAGAUCUAAAUAUAAACAUUGUAAAGUUGCUCAUUUUGUGAUUUUAGUAAAUUGUAGCUGAAUUAGUCAGUAAAUUUAAGGUUCUCAUUUUUAUAGGUUUUUUUUUUUGUUUUUUUUUAGCUCAUGACAAUUUUACACGUUUAGGUUGAUAUUAAAGCAUGAGAGGAUUUUUAUGUGCAGUGCAGCGUUUUCUGAAUUGCUGUAUACAUAAUGAUAUUAAGCUGGUACUGUAUUUUAUAAAGGUGUAAUAUAUAUAUUUUGCUUUUCAACCAAUCUGACAAUAAAGAGAUUUUUAUGCACACUGA